ACAGAAAUCAAUAACUAUGGGACAGACAGACGGCUAGGAAAACUUCAUGUCUAAAUUCCCCACUCCAGCACUGUUACUGCCAUAAUUAUACAUGGCACGCUCGCUGCGCAGGUUGGGGUAUAUUAACUUUGCCGUUUCAUCGUUAUCGUGGCGAUAAAAGACGUUGCCGGGGUUCUCAUAAACCAGCCAAACAUCGUCGUCGCCGUCACCGUCGCCACAGGAUACCCUCGUGCCCCUCCGUCCGGCAAUACGGAAACGAAAAAUCCAAUAAAAUAAAUGUAUGUGAGAAUUGUUCGUGGUUGGUCGCGUGCAGGACUCAGCUCGCAGGCGGCAGCUGUCCAGACUUAGUUAACAUUUAGCAUUCGAGCGCCGAAGUUGCCAGCGGGUCAGGUCCUUUCAAAUGUCCACACGACAAGCACUCAAUCCGCGCGCCAAUGUAUUCAUACUGGUCAAUCUGGGCUGUGAGGCGUUGUACGUAAUUGACCAGCGCCUGAAGGCGCAGCAAAUUGCGACCGAAAAAUCCGUUCAAGUUAUGCACGAUGUGACGUCGGUGCUGUUGGAGCCCAAGUUCAUUGAAUCCCUUAUCAAUGGAUCCAUGCACGGCAACGCCCAGCUGCUGACCGCGGAUCACUGCAAGUUCAUGUUGAAGGACAUAACCACCUGUUCGCUGAUGCGCCUCGACGAAACGUCCAUGGAGAAGCUGUGGAAUCUGAUGACCAUGAUGUAUAAGUGGCAGCUGUUCGUCUCGCGCCACCAGCACCAUUUGCUAGACAUAACGUUCCGCCACUUGGAUGCCAUAAACAGGAUGUAUCCGGACGCGAAGCAACAUAUGCUCAUUGAUUUCAGCAAGAAUAUGUUGCUGGAUUUUUGGAAUGCCUGCGGCGAGCAGCAACAGUUGUCCAUUUAUCGCACCAACAGGGCCUGGCUGCAGUGCUUCAAUACAAAGAUAUCGCUGCUGAUUCGGCUUGGCUUUCAGGACAUGGAUGGCAGUUUUUUGGCCGAAGUAGAUCAGUGCCAUUAUCAGGAAUAUGCCCAAUGCAUUGGGGACAAUAUCUACAUUAAAAGCAGCGAAUUGGCGCAGCAGCAGCAGCGGGAGCCCAAUCGCAUAGAUCAACUGGCAGCGCAGCUCAACAUUAAUCCGUCGUCGCCCCCAACCGGCGAGGAUUUGCAGCCCAUGGAUGCUCGCCAAGUCCAGAGGCAGUUCGAGCAAACAUUCUCUAGCAUUUUGUUUACAGACACGGAUAACAAUGCGGCGGCAGCAACGUCACAGGCGCAGCGUAAUCCCAAUGCCUCCGGCUGUGAAUUUGUCCAGCUGGUGACUGGCAACAGUAGAGCAGACGAUGAGGUGGUCAACACAGCGAGUCGCAACGGGGGCGUGCUCAAACAGCAAUUGCUUGAUUUGUACAGCAAAAUGCCCUGAAUAAGCUGUGAAAAAAGAAGAAUACUAUGGCAUACUGAAAGAGCGCCAUCUAUCGUAAAAUGAGAUCAAGCAUUUUCGAAGACAUUGGUGAUUCAACAACAUUACAAAAAUUUUGAGCUUGCGACCUAGUUGUCUAAAUUUUCUUUGUAUUUGCGGCCGAGCCGCUGGCAAAGCGGGAAAACGACCUAAAAAUUCUGUCUAUCAUUUCGUGUGCG